AUGCUGGCAGCUCUCUUUGCAGACUUCAAUUCCAGCACCAUGAACGUGUCCUUUGCUCACCUCCACUUUGCAGGCGGCUACCUGCCCUCUGACUCCAAGGACUGGAGGACCAUAGUCCCAGCUCUCCUGGUAGCUGUCUGCCUGGUGGGCUUCGUGGGGAACCUGUGUGUGAUUGGCAUCCUCCUUCACAGUGCUUGGAAAGGAAGAUCAUCCAUGAUCCACUUUCUGAUUCUGAAUCUCAGCCUGGCUGAUUUCUCCCUUCUGCUGUUUUCUGCACCAGUCCGAGCUAUAGCAUACUCCAAAGGUGUUUGGGAUCUAGGUUGGUUUGUCUGCAAGUUCUCUGACUGGUUCAUCCACACAUGCAUGGCAGCCAAGAGCCUGACAAUCAUUGCAGUGGCCAAAGUAUGCUUCAUGUAUGCAAGUGACCCAGCCAAGCAAGUAAGUAUCAACAACUGCACCAUCUGGUCUGUACUAACAGCGAUCUGGGCUGUGGGUAGCCUGUUACCUCUGCCCGAAUGGUUUUUUAGCACCACCAGGCAUCAUGCUGGUGUGGACAUGUGCAUCCUGGAUGUACCAGCUGUGGCUAAAGAGUUCAUGUCUAUGUUUGGUAAGCUGUACCCUCUCCUUGUAUUUUGCCUUCCAUUACUCUUUGCCAGCAUUUAUUUCUGGAGAGCUUACGGCCAGUGUCAGAAACGAGGAACUAAAACUCAGAAUCUUAGAAAUCAGAUCCGCUCAAAGCAACUCACAGUGAUGUUGCUGAGCAUUGCUGUCACCUCUGCUAUUCUAUGGCUCCCUGAAUGGAUAGCAUGGCUGUGGGUAUGGCAUCUGAAGGCUGGAAGUCCAACCCCACCACAAGGGUUCAUAGCCCUGUCUCAAGUCCUAAUGUUUUCCAUUUCUUCAGCAAAUCCCCUCAUUUUUCUAGUGAUGUCAGAGGAGUUCAAGGAAGGCUUGAAAGGCUUAUGGAAAUGGAUGGUAACCAGAAAACCUCCAACUGCCCCAGAGUCUCAGGAAACACCAGCUGGCAACUCAGAGGUUCUUCCUGAUCCAUCUCCAGAGUCCCCAACCUCCAUACCAAACAAAGAGAAACCAGACUCUUUCUCCUCCAGCAAAAAGAAAACUGAAAAGGCAGGGAUUCCCAUUCUCCCUGAUGUAGAGCAGUUCUGGCACGAGAGGGACACAGUCCCUUCUGCACAAGACAAUGAUCCUAUCCCCUGGGAACAUGAAGAUCAAGAGACAAAGCAUAGCGAUGAAUAG